GUUCGCGAGCCAUGGUGCGAGAGGGGGCGUGGUCACGGGGAUCCCCGUUCGGGCGCUGUGUUUCCGGUGACGGAGUCUCGCUGACGCGCGCUAUCGCCGUUACGGCCCGCGGAAGUUAACCCCAUCGCCUCCACCCACCGCCGCGAACACGCUGCCCGAAGUUCGAUGGUUCACUCGGAGCGCCAUGAGCCGCCCGUCUUCCGCCGGACCGUGUGCCAGCAAGCCCUGCGGUAAACAGAAGCAGCCCCCGCCGCCGCCGCUCCCUCCCCCUCACGCUCCGUCCCCGGGGCUGUCCAGCACGCUGUGUCCCGGGCCCUCCGCUCCCACGGCGGCCGCCGCUGCCCUCCCCGUGUCCCAACAGCACCUGGAGCUCACCUCGCUGUUCGAGUGCUCGGUGUGCUUCGACUAUGUGUCGCCCCCCAUCCUGCAGUGCCAGGCCGGGCACCUCAUCUGCAACCAAUGCCGCCAGAAACUGAGCUGCUGCACCACCUGCAGGGCCUCCCUCACCCCCAGCAUCCGCAACCUGGCCAUGGAGAAGGUGGCCUCCAACAUACUAUUCCCCUGCAAGGUAGGUGUCCACACAGCCGGACCACAAACUACAUGGAACUACUUACCUGGGGCUGGCUCUCUCCUGGCACUGCCUGGCUGUGGGGUGCCGCCCCCCCCCCUCUCCUGGCACUACCUGGCUGUGGGGUGCCACCCCUCUCCUGGCACUGCCUGGCUGUGGGGUGCCACCCCUCUUCUGGCACUGCCUGGCUGUGGGGUGCCACCCCUCUUCUGGCACUGCCUGGCUGUGGGGUGCCACCCCUCUCCUGGCACUGCCUGGCUGUGGGGUGCCGCCCCCCCUCUCCUGGCACUGCCUGGCUGUGGGGUGCCACCCCCCCCUCUCCUGGCACUGCCUGGCUGUGGGGUGCCGCUCCCCCCCUCUCCUGGCACUGCCUGGCUGUGGGGUGCCGCCCCCCCCUCUCCUGGCACUGCCUGGCUGUGGGGUGCCGCCCCCCCCUCUCCUGGCACUGCCUGGCUGUGGGGUGCCGCCCCCCCCUCUCCUGGCACUGCCUGGCUGUGGGGUGCCGCCCCCCCCCUCUCCUGGCUGUGGGGUGCCGCCCCCCCUCUCCUGGCACUGCCUGGCUGUGGGGUCCCUCCCCCCUCUCCUGGCACUGCCUGGCUGUGGGGUGCCGCCCCCCCUCUCCUGGCACUGCCUGGUAUCUCUUGUGGUGGUAAAUGUCAGAUGACAGCUGGCCCAGGACACAUGUCUGAUUUGGGGUAUCCCUGUCUGGGGAUGAUUAAUUUUACACCUUUUGAUAGUCUAUGGAGCUACUAGAAAUGUUACUUUGUACACCAGGCACAGGUGUUUUACAUUUUAAAGCAUAUAACACAGGGUGUCCAAAAGAUGGCACAGGUGAGUAAACCACUUAAUUUUUAUUUAUUUUUCAUUCUGCACUCAGGUGGGACUCUGUUCCCUGAUAUUCCACUCAUUCCUUCAGUGACACUGAAAGUACAGAGAUAAUGUACUUUCUACAGAUAAUGUCAGCCUGCUUGGAGCUGUGAGAUGGCAAUUCUGGUAUAAAAACUGAUACACGACAUUCUACAGCACGCAUAUCAAACUAAAAGUCUAGCACGGGCCACAAACUUCUUUCGCAUGGGAUAGCUUGGAUGUGUGUGUGUGUGUGUGUGGUGCUCGUCACACAUGUGCAUCGGGUCUCUAAUGCUCCUUUUUUUUUUUUUUAAAUAAGGAUCAUUGCUUUGGACCAUUGCAGAGGUGGCCAUACCUUCUCUGUAAUGUUGCACGAGGCAGAUGGGUAAACUGCACCAAGGAGAAAAGGCGAAGGGCACUAGUAAUAGGAAUACACUUUUUAGUUAACAUUGAUUUCAAGAUGUAGUUAUCUUUAACUUCCCUUGCACAUCCACUUAAUUAGUAGAAAAUGCUUUCCCCAAAUAAAGGAUUACUAAUCUAUGAGUUAUGGUUUCCUAUAAAAAUACUCCUGUAGAAAAUGUUUAUAGUAAAUAGUCAUUUUAUAAUGCAUUGUAUUAUUAAUGACACCAUGGAUUGUCUGAAUUGUACAUUUGAAGCAAAGUAUCCCGUAGAGGGGAAACAUCUUAAUCUGACACACAAAUAAGUAGUAUCAAUUGGUAGAAUUCAACUUGAAUUUUAUAUUUUCAACCUAAAAUAUACAAACCAAAUAAGGAAGUAUUGCUAAUGCAUAAUUGGGGGUGGUGGUGGUGUAGGGGACAUAUAGAUCCUUUUCAAACUGUAUAUGAUUAAUUGUUUGAUUUUAUUUAUUUUCCUCUUUCUUUUAGUAUUCGUCUACAGGUUGCUCCCUAUCCCUCCUUCACACAGAGAAGCCCAAUCAUGAGAAUAUCUGUGAAUAUCGUCCAUAUUCAUGCCCUUGUCCUGGUGCUUCCUGUAAAUGGCAAGGUUCAUUGGAAGCGGUUAUGCCCCACUUAACACAUGCCCACAAGAGCAUCACCACCCUUCAAGGAGAAGACAUAGUCUUUCUUGCAACAGACAUUAAUCUGCCAGGGGCUGUUGAUUGGGUUAUGAUGCAGUUCUGCUUCAGCCACCACUUCAUGCUGGUCCUUGAAAAGCAAGAAAAGUAUGAAGGACACCAACAAUUCUUUGCCAUUGUCCUUCUUAUUGGCACACGAAAACAGGCAGAGAAUUUUGCUUACAGACUGGAACUCAAUGGUAACCGCAGACGUUUGGCUUGGGAAGCAACUCCAAGAUCUAUUCAUGAUGGAGUAGCGGCAGCAAUCAUGAACAGUGACUGUUUGGUUUUUGACACUGCCAUUGCACAUCUCUUUGCAGAUAAUGGAAACCUGGGCAUUAAUGUGACCAUAUCCACAUGUUGUCCAUAAUUUAUUUGUGCUCUCUAUGGAGAAGAUGAUUAUUUAAGUGGCUAUGUUAUGAAUAGUGCAGUUUUUGAAUUUUAUUCGUCUUCAUUAAAGUGGACUGAUUUUUGCUAACCAAGCAUCAUGCCAAUGUCUGCCAACAUUUUUUUAGAACUCUUGAUAGCAGUGGACUAACGCUGUGAUUCCACAUGAACAGAUUUGAUGGAUUAUUUUUUUAAUGUUGCUGUUUUAAAAAAAAAAAAACUAAACUGUUAUUUUCUCCUUCUUUCCCAAUGCAUAAAUGAUGGCUAACCUAGUUACAACUAUGUCCACUUCUCAAGUCUAUGCAAUAGUAGCAGUUGGAAGUAUUGCAUAGUUGAUGAGUGGAAAACUGUACGUUAUGUUUACAAUGUUCAAUGACUAGUUAGGAAAUUUUAGGCUCUGUUCUUGUUGGGUUUUUAUUUUUUUAAGUGAACAUGUCAUCUGAGUCAUGCCUAGGGGGGAAUUUUUACGUUUUGGGUAGGUAUACAUUUUAUCUAUAUGCACAAUGGUAGUGAAAUUACUAGCAUUUGCAUAUACUAAAAUACAUACUUCUCUGAAAACCACUUCCUCAUCACCUAAAAUGACAAGGUUUGCCACAAACUAUUCAGCAGGCUUUCCAAAUUUCCUAGCAUGUAGCUUUACAGUCAGAGAUGGUGUUGCAGCAGUUCCUGCCCUCUAUAUUUGUAGUCUUUAUAAGACUUGUGCAGAAAUUAGUUUCAGCUGGUAGGGACACACAAAUCAAAUGCAUGAACUAUCAUCUGUCCAGGAUUUACAUGUGGAGUCUUAGACAAUAAAUACGAUUUUACAGCAAAAUCCUGUAUUGAUUGAUUAGUUGGGGCACAUUAAGUUAUUUGUUCAUACCAGAAGAGACAUUUUGUAUGCAAGUCUAAUGCUAUUCCCUCAGCAUAGCAAUAAAGACUUAAGUCAAAUGUAUGAGCAAUAAAGACUAGGGUCAAAUGUAUGAGACCUAACCUUCAUCUAUAUGCCAGCAGUUUAGCUGGCUCAGGGAUAGGUGACAUGUUCUUUAUAUAUUAAGAAUUGACUUGUGCCAUUAAAGGUACACUGUAAAGUAGAGAUAAAUCAGUCAUUGAUAACUGAGGAAUGUCUUGAGAACUCUGUCCACUCUUGCUACAUUAUAAUAUAUGAUCAACAUAUCUGCCAUUUCUGUUAACCUAAAAUGGUAGAACAUUCUCAUUGAGUGAUAACCAACAUCUACAAAAUUUGUAUGGCUUUACUAUUUCUGUAAUGUGAAAUAUUACAUGUGUGCACUUUAAAAAAAGCAGACUUUCUGACUGCAAACUUGUUCAAGCCACACUGAGCAAAUGGUUGAAGGUGUAGAAUUUUAGCUCUUUCUUCCCCUUUUUAUUUUAUAUUUAACUAUUUAUAUAUAAUUUCCACCCCCCCCCCCCACACCCUCCUUCGUUAUUUUCCACACAGGCGCACUUUUUGUGCUGGUUUGUAUGUCUGGGUGUGUCUUUUUGUGAGCUUUCUCUAUUACCUCUGCCACAAUAUACCCAUUUUCAUAUAUCCCAUGUGCUUAAUUUUACAAUUUGUGUAACUUUAAACCUAUAAUGGCGUCUGCACCUUUUAACAACCAGCAUAGAUGAAAUAAAACUAAAGUUUUAUAUGCCAUCUGAACUGCUUGUGAAUUUGCAUGAUUUUUCUUAACUUUUGAAUGGAAAGUACUUAUUUCAGUUGUAGAUGAAGCGUGACAUUAUGGCAGGGAAAUUGCUUAAAGAUUUUAUCAUCUAUGGUACAGACCUAGACUCUAUGAACACUUUAAAGAACCAGGACUAUUUUAAGAAGAUUGUUUUAUGUUGUGGUUAUUUGCUAUCAAAUGUGUAGAUUAAACAAAAUAUAAAUUUGCUUACACCCCCUUUCAGCAGGGCUACUGAAACUGGUGACUGCAUGUACUAACUGCCCUACCACUUACAGAUGCAAACUGCAUCCAACAAUACCUUCUUUGUGGGUGCACUGUAGAAGCUAAAAUAUGGCGAUCACAAUUUGGUCCAUAUAAAGUGCCACCAUACAUGCAUCACAUUGUAGGUAUACUCUAAGUAGUGGUGAUUGGCUGUGGGCAGAGUUAUACCCUCAGUAUAAACUGAUUUAAUUUAAAUAAGCGGUAAGGAAGGUUUUGUGGGGUGGGAAAAAGUUGGCAUGAAAAGGGGUAACCUGGCUUAUGCUGCAGACAAUUUGAAUGUAGAGAAGAAUACGUGUAGGAGAUCAAAAAAUAUCAAGUGCUGAGAUUAACUAAAUGUCUGUUACUUAGAUUAUUCCUUAAAGCUUUAACUGUACUGGGAAACUGGCUUGCUGCUUAACUCUUUCUAAAAUAAGAGGCACGUAUCAUAACUUGACAAUCUGAAUUUAGGAUCCACAUUUUUGAAAGAUUUGCAUACAUGGUAUAAAUGGCCAAAUGCAGCCCUGGGCAUUAGAGACACAUCCAAUGGUAAUGUAAACACCGGCUUUUCUUUGAAGAGUCAGUGUUUACAUUAAAAAGCCUGCAAGGACUGACUAUACUCACUAUAACAAAUACAUUGUUAUAGUUGUUCUGGUUACUAUAGUGCCCCUUUGAUUAAGCACUCUAAGCAUUAUGUCCACUGUAGUGUUUAUGGUGCCAUAAGUCCCACAGAGCUGUCCCAGUGUUAAAUAAACAUUUUAACUGUAAAAAUUGUACUUUUAUUUCUAUUCCUUACUUUUUGUGGGGUGAUUGGUUUUUUUUUGUUUUUUUUUUGUGUUCCCCUUUCUUUCCUUCCUUCUCACGUUCCCUCCUGCAUUGUCAUCAAUAUUGAUUUAUCUCAUUGCAAUACAAUGUAUCAUAGAGAAGCAUUGGGGUCAUACAUGUGCAGAAUCUGCCAACAUUCUGAAAGACAAAUGUGACUUUUUUGGAAAUGCAAUGUCUAGUGGUGUCACACGGUAAAAAGGACAGUGUCCUCGGACCAAAACAGCUUCAUUAAGGUUUUGAUGCUUUGUGUCACAUUUAUGAAUCCUGCUACGGUUCACAUGGACUUACUGACUUGUGCUUGAAUUUUCAAGCAGGAACCUGGUUACACCUGCCAACAGCCUUUGUUUUAUAUCCAGCUGUUGUGGACUAAAUCUCCUCUGAUGCUUUUCUAGCAGUAAAGGUACCAGCAGUGUUUAAUCCUAGUGGUACCUUAGUCAGCUGGCCCAGUUUGUAGCCCCAGAGUGACAGAUGACCUAUGUGCAUUGAAAUACUGCAGCUGAGCAAUUGCCUCCAGCCUAGCAUUAGUUAUCUUUCUAUACCUAAAGGAAAAUAUCCUUUCUCAACUGGUGGCACAAAUAGUGGCUGACAGGUGAGCUUUGUGCAGCUUUUUAAGUGGGUGCUGAACAUAGCCUUUAAAGCCAUUUAAAUACCACGGCUGAGUGAUCAUGCGCAGCUGCAGUGUUUGUGGUUUGUUUUUUGUUUGUGUUUUUUUUUCCAUCUCCCUCCAAUAAUGAAAAUGGCAUUAAGUGACAGAUCUUGCUUAAGAAUUGAUAUGACUGUCAUACGGUAAUAUUUUACUUGUAGAAUGAUUGGGUUCAUGCUGUUAGAGUGAUGGCUUUGUCACAUCUUACAUUCUCAUCUCUCCCUGGUACCAGCAGUAUUUUUACCAAGCAAUUUAUUUUGCUGUAUAUUCUAGUGUAAUGGGGGAUAGAUGGGAAUAAAUUAACUUUCCUUUUUAAUUAGAACAUAACUUUAACAAAAAACAAAACCAAUUGAGAUGUGAGUAUUUACAUAUUCUUGACUUAUAAAUUUCUCCCGAUGUCAGAGUUGCUGAACUUCAAACUUUCUGGACCCAAUACCUUGUCACAACUAAAAGAAAUGUACCUGAUCCUGGUACUAAAAAAGGUUAAAGUACAAUUGCACACCCCCAAAAAACACAAAAAAAACUUUAGCUUGCUAAUGUGCUUUAUGGGUGAGGAGAACCUAGCUUAAUUUUUAAGGGGGGGAAAAAAAUAUAUAAAUUAACUGUAGAACACCUCCCUGGCUGUCAAAAGAGCCAAUCUCCUUUUGGCAGGCAGGCUCUACUUCAGCAUGCCUGCCUUGUCUGUCCCACACCGACAUUCCUCCAGACGUGCAUGUUGGCACCAACUCAGAGGCUUCUAUAUGAGAAGCCUUUUGGUUUCUUCCCUGUGAAGAAACACUGUCUGCCGGGGGUUAACAAGGGGAGGGCUUGCUAAGGCUGCAAUUCAUAAGAUCUGCAGCCUUUGCAAGCUCUUUUAAGAUAUACCCCAAAUGAAUAAUGCAUUAAAAGUAUAUGUAUUCAGUGUAGUAGAUCUACUAAACAGUGAUUUGUUUAUUUUUCCUUUGCUCAUUUGAGCAAUGGCAUGUACCCUUUUUUUAUUUUAUUUUUUUAACUAUUGGAGUGAUAUAAAUAAAG